AUGGCUGAGGAAACCCAGAAGGCAGCAGCGCCAGAGGCACAACCAUCAACUACAACGGAGGAAGUUGUGGUGGUGGAGGAGAAGCCAGCUGUGAUUGAGAAAGAAACACCAGCACCUGUUCCUGAACCAGAGCCUGAGGCACCAGAAAAGCCAGCGGUGGUUGAAGAGGAUGUUGUCAUUGAAGGUGUUGUUGAAGAGGAGAAAUCAAAGGAGGAAACAACAAAGGAGGUGAAAAUAGCACAGUCCGUUUCUUUUAAGGAAGAGACGAAUGUUGUUGGUGAACUCCCCGAUGCUCAAAAAAAGGCUCUUGAUGAUUUCAAACAGCUCGUUCAAGAGGCUCUUAAUAAGCACGAGUUCACAACCCCACCAGCAGCAGCAGCGGCCAAGGAAGAGGAGAAGCCCGCUGAGCCUGAGAAGGCUGUAGAGAAGGAGGAGGUCAAGGAGCAGGAGAAAACGGAGGCUCCUUCUACUAGCGAAGAGCCCAAAACUGAAGAAGAGCCUAAAACUGCUGAGGCUGUGGCGGAGGCUCCUUCUACUAGCGAAGAGCCCAAAACUGAAGAAGAGCCUAAAACUGCUGAGGCUGUGGCGGAGGCUUCCACUCCACCUCCACCCCCGCCCGUGGUGGAGGAGAAGGUUGAAGCGAAAGAGGAAAAGGUGGAAGAGAAGGUAGAAGUGAAAGAAGAAGAAAAGAAGGCAGAGGUGGUGGAGAAGGUGGCUGCUGUGGACGAGGAUGGAGCCAAGAGAGUUGAGGCAAUUGAGGAGACAAUAGUAGCUGUCUCCUCUGCCCCUACACCAGAAGCGGCUGCCCCGGCUGCCGAACUCGAGGCAGCUCCUGCAAAGGAGGAGCCUAAAAAAGAAGAGGAAGCCGCCCCAGAAGCUCCUCCACCACCCCCGGAGGAAGUUUUCAUCUGGGGAAUUCCCCUUCUUGGCGAUGAGAGGAGUGAUGUGAUCCUCCUGAAGUUCUUGAGAGCUAGAGAUUUUAAAGUGAAGGAUGCAUUUACUAUGAUCAAGAACACUGUCAAGUGGAGAAAGGAAUUUGGAAUUGAUGCUCUUCUUGAAGAAGACUUUGGAACUGAAUUGGAAAAGGCGGUCUUUACCCAUGGAGCUGAUAAGGAAGGUCACCCUGUGUGCUACAAUGUUUUUGGUGCUUUCCAGGAUAAGCAGCUGUAUCAGAAUUGUUUCGCUGAUGAAGAGAAGAGGGCGAAAUUCCUGAAAUGGAGGAUUCAGUUCCUGGAGAAGAGUAUCAGGAAUUUAGAUUUUAGUCCUAGUGGUAUUAGCACCAUUGUUCAGGUCAGUGAUCUCAAGAAUUCCCCUGGACCUGCCAAGACUGGGCUUAGGCAAGCCACAAACCAGGCGCUACAUUUGCUACAAGAUAACUAUCCUGAAUUUGUGGCAAAAAAUGUGUUCAUCAAUGUUCCAUGGUGGUACCUAACAUUCAAUAGGAUGAUCAGUCCCUUCCUGACACAAAGGACAAAGAGCAAGUUCGUAUUUGCUGGCCAAUCCAAGUCUGCUGAAGCCCUUUUCAAAUACAUAGCUCCUGAACAAGUGCCAGUUCAGUAUGGUGGACUGAGCAGGGAUGGUGAAUUCACAGUUGCUGACUCCGUCACAGAUGUUACUAUUAAGCCAACAUCAAAGCACACUGUUGAAUUCCCAGUUUCUGAGGCAUCUGUUCUUGUUUGGGAGCUUCGAGUUUUGGGUUGGGAUGUGAGCUACGGAGCUGAAUUUGUGCCUAGCGCUGAGGAUGGUUACACUGUUAUCGUAUCAAAGACUAGGAAGGUUACCUCAGCUGAUGAGCCUGUGAUCUCAGACGCAUUCAAAAUUGGUGAACCCGGCAAGGUCGUGCUUACCAUUGAUAACCAAACCUCUAAGAAGAAGAAGCUCCUCUAUAGGUCAAAAACCAAACCCAUUUCUGAAUGA